AUCACAUGCUAUAAGUGCACCUUUUGUGGCAAAAUGUUUGCAGCCAUGGAAGUGGUACUCACGCACUACCAGUCCAACCACAGGUGUUCCGUCAUUCCUCUGCUUACUUGUAAAGGAAUGCCAACUUUUGGACCCAAAAUAUCUUCGCCUAAACUAAAGGCCCCGAAACACAACUCUCUGAACGGUUCCCAAACCCGUGAGUCGAUUGGCACGAAAGGCAAGAAGAAGAAAAUUGUCACCAAAAGUGCUGUUCCUUUGAAACCAAAAGACGAUCUGAAGAGCGAUUCGAAGAAUAUUAAAUCCAAUGAAAGAACCGAAAGUGCGGCCAAUAAUAGGACUCGACUUUUGAGAGAUAGCACUAAAAACGUCAAACAAUUAGACAAUAAAUCCAAUGAAAGUUCUUAUAAAAGACAAUUCAGAUGUUAUUUCCCUGUUACCUUUCCAACAAGGGUCUCUAAGUCGUCAUUUAGCCCACAUCUCCACGUAUUCUUCAGUGUGUUCUUCAACUUCAGUAUAUUCACACUCACCUUACUGACACUCAAGUUCACGAGCCUAUUGGCAGGUCUUGAGUUCCAUAAGAAGACCCAUUCGGGUGACAACCCAUACAUGUGUUCGUGGCCCGGAUGUCACCAAUCAUUUGCCGAUUCCGCUGCCAAAGAGCAACACAUGUUGAGCCAACACAUCGGAGACCAGCAACACAUGUUGAGCCAACACAUCGGAGACCGUAUCCUUGAAUGCGAUUAUCCUCAAUGUGGGGCUAAAUUCAAACUGUCCACUGAUAGGGAUAAACACAAAUUAACCCAUACGGGAAAGAGGAUCUCAGCGCCAAGUAAACUCACAAAUGGUGUUCCAGUGAGGGGUCGGGGUCGGGGUCGGCCCCCAACCAAAAAGAAGUUUUACAUUGAAAUCAGUUCUUCGAGUGAAUCAUCCGUUGAAAGCGAAGAUGACGACGAAGAAGAAGCAGAAGAAUUGGUUUCAAAUGAGAAAUGUGUUGAUAAGGAGGCAGAGAGCGACCCGAAAGGUGAACAACCAUUAGAUUUGUCGAAAUCGGGCUCUAAUUCGAAGAGAGAUACAAACAAAGUGUCAGAAAAGAAGACAAAAACUCCGGCAAAAAGAGGCCGAAAGCGCAAAGAAAUGGUGGUCUCCGAGACUGUCAUAUCGAAGCGUGUCUUCAGAUGCGAUUAUCCCGGGUGUCGAAAGACAUUCACUGAAUCGGAUGAUCUUAAGGAGCACGAGGGGGAGACCCACAACACUCCCUCGGCUGAUGGCCGGUCACGAUAUGGACGCCAAUGCAAAGGAAAUCUUUAUUAUAAAGUCUAAACAUUUAAUGAUAUUUAUUGAUGUUUAAAAAUAUUAUGUAUUCAUA